UUUCUUUUCCCAUCAAACACUAAUCAAGUUCUCUCUCUCCCCCUACUUCUCUCUCUCUGGAUAAUAUAUCCAAGAGAAUAGUCUUUUACAAACUUGAACACAUUGGUCGGAGCUAAAGACUUCUCCGGUAAACUAUGAUGAAUCCGGGGCGAGGCCCCACUAGGGGUCGUUUAAGGCCUCAAAUGGCCUUUGCAAUGGCCAUGCUUGUGGUUGCAAGCAAUGUAGUUUCAGCCUCUGCUGAUCCUUACCUAUACAGUUCUCCACCACCUCCUUAUGAGUACAAAUCUCCACCACCACCAUCUCCAUCUCCUCCACCACCUUACGUCUACAGCUCCCCACCACCACCAGAGAAGUCUCCUCCACCACCAUACCAUUACACCUCUCCCCCACCACCUGAGAAGUCUCCUCCUCCACCAUACCACUACACCUCCCCACCACCACCAGAGAAGUCUCCUCCUCCACCAUACCAUUACACCUCUCCACCACCACCAUCUCCAUCUCCUCCUCCACCAUACCAUUACUCAUCCCCACCACCACCAAAGCACGAAGAGAAGCCACCAUACCACUACUCUUCCCCACCACCACCGUCUCCAUCUCCUCCUCCACCAUACCACUACUCUUCCCCACCACCACCGUCUCCAUCUCCUCCUCCACCAUACCACUACACCUCCCCACCACCACCUUCUCCUUCCCCUCCCCCACCAUACCACUAUAGCUCACCACCCCCACCAAAGAAGUCUCCACCUCCACCAUACCACUACUCAUCACCACCACCACCAAAGCACGAGGAGCAGCCACCAUACGUAUACAAGUCUCCUCCCCCACCAUCGCCAUCACCUCCACCUCCCUACCACUACAGUUCUCCACCACCACCACCAAAACACGAGGAGCAGCCACCAUACGUGUACAAGUCCCCUCCUCCACCAUCACCAUCACCUCCCCCUCCCUACCACUACAGUUCACCACCACCACCACCAAAACACGAGGAGCAACCUCCAUACGUUUACAAGUCCCCACCACCACCAUCACCAUCUCCUCCUCCACCUUACCACUACUCAUCCCCACCACCACCGGUGAAGUCUCCUCCACCACCAUACUACUACCAAUCUCCUCCCCCACCAGUGAAGUCUCCACCACCACCAUACUACUACCAGUCUCCACCUCCACCAGUAAAGUCUCCACCACCAGUUUACUACUAUAAAUCUCCACCACCACCAGUGAAGUCUCCACCUCCACCCGUUUACUACUACAAGUCUCCCCCACCACCAACUCCAUACUACUACUCUUCUCCACCACCACCAACUCCAUACCACCCUCAACCCCACCCGUACCCCCACCCCCACCCCCACCCCCUGGUAUUCAAAGUGGUUGGUAAAGUAUACUGCUACAGAUGCUAUGACUGGGCAUACCCUGAAAAGUCCCACGACAAGAAGCACCUUAAAGGAGCUGUCGUUGAGGUGACUUGCAAGGCCGGUGACAAAGAAAUCAAAGCCUACGGCAAAACAAAGAUCAACGGCAAGUACAGCAUCACAGUUAAGGGCUUCAAUUACCGCAAAUAUGGAGGCAAAGCUUGCACGGCCAUGCUCCACGCUGCCCCCAAGGGCUCCCCAUGCAACAUUCCAACCAAGUACCACAAUGGUGACAAGGGUGCCAAACUCAGGGUGAAGUCCAAGGACAAAUACGAGGUUGUGCUUUACGCCAAGUCUUUUGCCUAUGCUUCUAAGACUCCUUACGGAGAAUGCCACAAGACCAAGCCUGUGCAUCCUCCUCCUUAUGUGUACAAGUCUCCACCACCACCAACUCCAGUUUACGUUUACAAGUCACCACCACCACCAUCUCCCAAGUACAUUUACAAGUCUCCACCUCCACCUACCCCUGUCUACGUUUACAAGUCGCCACCACCACCAUCUCCCAAGUACGUUUACAAGUCUCCACCACCACCUACCCCAACAUACGUGUACAAGUCACCGCCACCGCCAUCUCCUAAGUACGUAUACAACUCCCCACCACCACCGGUGCCAGCAUAUGUGUACAAGUCACCACCGCCACCAUCUCCCAAGUACGUAUACACAUCACCACCUCCACCUACUCCAACAUACGUGUACAAGUCGCCACCACCACCAUCCCCCAAGUACGUCUACAAGUCCCCACCGCCACCAGUUCCUACAUACAUCUACAAGUCUCCACCACCACCAUCCCCCAAAUACAUAUACAAGUCACCACCGCCACCUACUCCAGUCUACGUUUACAAGUCACCACCACCACCAUCUCCAAAGUAUGUCUACAAGUCUCCACCACCACCAUCCCCCAAGUAUGUAUACAAGUCACCACCACCACCUACUCCAGUCUACGUUUACAAGUCACCACCACCACCAUCUCCCAAGUACGUCUACAAGUCUCCACCACCACCAAUUCCUGCAUACGUGUACAAAUCUCCACCACCACCAUCCCCCAAGUACGUAUACAAGUCACCACCACCACCACCUACUCCGGUCUAUGUUUACAAGUCACCACCACCACCAUCCCCCAAGUACGUCUACAAGUCCCCACCACCACCGGUGCCUGCUUAUGUUUACAAGUCCCCACCACCACCAUCCCCCAAGUACAUCUACAAGUCCCCACCACCACCAGUUCCAACUUACGUCUACAAGUCACCACCACCACCAUCUCCCAAGUACGUCUACAAGUCCCCACCACCACCGGUUCCAGCUUACGUCUACAAGUCACCACCACCACCAUCCCCCAAGUACGUCUACAAAUCCCCACCACCACCGGUUCCAGCUUACGUCUACAAAUCACCACCACCACCAUCUCCCAAGUAUGUCUACAAGUCACCACCACCACCCGUACCAGCUUAUGUCUACAAAUCCCCACCACCCCCAUCUCCCAAGUAUGUUUACAAAUCUCCACCACCACCAUCACCAAAGUACGUCUACUCAUCCCCACCACCACCACAACACAUAGAGAAGCCACCAUACUACUACAACUCCCCACCACCACCAGUACACUCUCCACCUCCACCAUAUUACUACCAAUCACCACCACCACCAUCACCAUCUCCUCCACCUCCCUACCACUACAGUUCCCCACCUCCACCAUCACCAUCUCCUCCCCCACCAUACCACUACAGCUCCCCACCACCACCAAAACACGAAGAGCAGCCACCAUACCACUACUCAUCACCUCCACCACCUUCGUCGUCUCCUCCUCCACCAUAUGUCUACAGCUCCCCACCGCCACCAAAGAAAUCUCCUCCCCCACCAUACCACUACAACUCCCCACCACCACCAAAACACGAAGAGCAACCACCAUACCACUACUCAUCACCUCCACCACCUUCACCAUCUCCUCCUCCACCAUAUGUCUACAGCUCCCCACCGCCACCAAAGAAAUCUCCUCCACCACCAUACCACUACACAUCCCCACCCCCACCAUCUCCGUCACCACCCCCACCAUACCAAUACAGUUCUCCACCUCCACCAAAGAAGUCUCCUCCUCCACCUUACCACUACACCUCUCCACCACCACCAAAACACGAAGAGGAGCCACCAUACCACUACUCAUCCCCACCACCACCAUCACCGUCUCCUCCUCCCCCGUACCACUACACCUCCCCUCCACCACCAACAAAGUCUCCUCCUCCCCCAUACCACUACACAUCCCCACCUCCACCUUCACCCUCUCCACCACCCCCAUACCACUACAGCUCACCUCCACCACCAGUAAAAUUGCCAUCACCUCCGGCUUACAUUUACGCGUCCCCACCACCCCCAACUCACUACUAGGGUCAAGAAUUUCAACACCAUACGCAGACCAAUCAUGUUUUAGUUUGAGAAGUGGAAUAAAAGAAGUCUCCAUCAACGCACACCAAGCUUCGAAUCAAUGUUCAUUCAAUAAGGGUCUGUCAUUUAGCCAUGACCCACACAUUUCAACUUCUUUGGUGGUUGCGUUGCAAAUGCUUUUACUGUUUUCAAGUUGGAGUGGUUUUGGGCAAAGCAAAGUUAGAAGAAGAAUGUGGAGAUUGGAGAUUAAGCUAGGAUAAGGACAUGGCUUGGUUUGUGUAUGAUUUUUCAAAAAUGUUUUGUUUUUGUAUGUAGGCAAUAAUAAAUUAUUUUAUCAUUUGUAUAGAGCGUGGCCAUAUAUGUAAUUGUACCAUAUUGGACUAGCUUCUAUUUAUUUGUGGAGAACCAUCAUAUGUUUGUUAAAUCUUCCUCCUCGAUCUGCCUUUUUCAGGCUCCGACAUUGAUAGUAAUAAAGGAAGGCAUUUGAUCUGUUUCUCAAUA